AUGUCAUCCGUCCUAGACCAACUCCUCGAGAUGGGCUUCGACAAGGAGCGUGCGGAGCUGGCCGUGAAGAGAUCCGAUGGCUUACCGGAUGCCAUGGACUGGCUGGAGAAGACCCAAGACACCCCGCUGGACGAGCUGAUCGAGGAGGAAGCGUCCGGCGUGAACGUCGCGAAGGCGGAGGAGGGCCAAACCGCUGGAUCCCUCGUCUGCAACGAGUGCGGAAAGAAGUUCCGCUCUACAUCCGAAGCCGAGUUCCACGCCAGCAAGUCGGGUCACAGCGAUUUCGCAGAGUCUACUGAGCAGAUCGCCCCUCUGACCGAGGAGGAGAAGAAGCAGAAGCUCGAGGAGCUCAAAGAGCGAGCUCGGGCCCGGAAGGCUGGCAAGGCCGAAGCGGAGAAGGAGGAGCACAAGCGCAACGAGCAAAUCCGUCAGAAGGCCACCAGAGAGACCCAGGACUUGAAGGAGGAGCUGGCGCGCAAGGAGCAGAUCAAGGAGGCGGCCAAGAAGCGGCAGGAGAAGACCGAGGAGCUGGAGGCCAAGCAGCGCAUCAAGGCCAAGAUCGAGGCCGACAAGCAGGAGCGGAAGCGCAAGGCCGAGGAGGCGAAGGCUGCCAGAGAGGGCAGAGCCGUUCCCGCUGCCGCGGCUCCUGCUCCUGCUGCGCCGGCCGCCGCCCGUCCCGCCGCGAAUCAUUCCGAAGCACGACUACGACUACAGACCUCCGGUGGCAACGUCAUGAAGGUUUUACCGGCUGAUACAACCCUUUUCGAGGUUGCUCAGAUGCUGGAACAUGAGGACAGCGUGACUGUCACCAAGUUUGUCCAGAACUUUCCGCGGAAGGUCUUCGAGGGCAGCCUGGACUUUGGCAAGACCCUGAAGGAGGCUGGACUGGUUCCCAGCGCUGCCUUGAUUGUGCAGUAG